UAAAAGCCUAAAGUUUGCAUCUGACAUUGAAAGUCAAGACCAUGGAUACUGAGAACAUCUAUAUGAACUUUCACAUGAGAACACCACCACUGAAGUCACUGCAGCGAAAGGCAGAGACACAGCCAGCCUACAAGAAUCUCAGGAUCCUUUACACCAUCCUCCUCCUCUUUGCUCUGAUGCUGGUGGCUUCCUUGACAGCUACGGUGAUUCUAUACUCGGGGGAAAGUGCAUGUCUGCGGCUACAUGGGAAACCAGUGUCCUACACUAACAACUGGACCGUGUUGGUUACGGAAAUGGAAAAGAGCCAUUUGGAGAAACUCAACACUUCCUAUCAGGAGCUUCAACAUCAUUACUGGACCGUCAUCACCCUCAUAUCUGAAGGCUGGAGGUUGCAUAAUGGGAAUAUCUACUAUUUUUCCAGUGACAAAAAGCCUUGGGCAGAAGCUCAACAGUUCUGCUUGUCUAAGAACUCCAACCUGACUUCGGUGACCUCCAAGGAAGAACAGGCGUUUCUUUCCCGGGAAACUGGAGCUGGAUAUUGGAUUGGCCUGACUGACAAGGGCAGUGAGGGUGUGUGGUACUGGGUGGAUGGGAACCCCUAUAAUCAAUCUGUGAGCGAACGGUGAGUCCAUCACUUUAUCAAUUCCUGAUGCUUCUUUUGUAUCAGCAUUGGGGGGGGUGG